GGGUGUUGCCGAUUCCAUUGUUAAUAGAAAAUCUGGCCAGUCAGAAAGGAAGAGGAAAGGACACCUUGGUAACAGGAGUUGGGGGAAGUGGGGAUCCCUCCCCACAAGCAUUGCUAUUAGAAGCUCCUUUCUGAGGAUUCCGUUGCUGCCAUUCUGAAAGCUGCUUGGGGCUGAGUGACAGUGGUUUUUGAAGGACUGAUUAAAAGAAGAAUGGAGGCCAGAGUGGAGCGUGCGGUGCAGAAAAGGCAAGUCCUACUUCUUUAUGUGUUUCUGGGAGUGUCUUGGGCUGGUGCUGAACCGCUUCGGUAUUUUGCGGCGGAGGAAACCGAGAGAGGCACCUUUCUGGCCAACCUAGCAAACGACCUGGGGUUGGGGGUGGGGGAACUUUCAGCUCGGGGAUCUAGGAUCGUUUCAGAUCAGAACAUGCAAUUUUUACUACUCAAUCCGCUUACUGGUGAUUUACUUCUAAAUGAGAAAUUAGACCGAGAGGAACUGUGCGGCUCCACAGAGCCCUGCGCGCUGCCUUUCCAGUUGUUGCUGGAAAAGCCUUUGCAGAUUUUCCGUGCUGAACUAUGGGUCAGAGACAUCAACGAUCAUUCUCCAGUGUUUCUAGAUAGAGAGAUUCCCUUGAAAAUAUUAGAAAGCACCACCCCAGGGGCGGCAUUUCUCCUAGAAAGGGCGCAGGACUCAGAUGUUGGAACCAACAACUUGAGAAACUAUACCAUCAGCGCCAAUGCCUAUUUCCAUGUUAAUGUGCAUGAUAAUGGGGAGGGGACUAUCUAUCCGGAAUUAGUACUGGACCGAGUGCUAGAUCGAGAGGAGGUGCCUGAGCUCAGUUUAACCCUCACCGCCUUGGAUGGCGGCUCUCCGCCCAGAUCCGGGACCGCCCUCGUGCGCAUCCAGGUGAUGGACAUAAAUGACAACGUCCCUGAGUUUGUACAGUCGCUCUACAAGGUGCAGGUGCCAGAGAACAGCCCUGUUGGCUCCCUGGUUGUCUCCGUGUCAGCUAGAGAUUUAGACACCGGAAGUUAUGGGGAAAUAGUCUAUGCAUUUUUCUAUGCCACUGAAAGAAUUCUCAAAACGUUUCAAAUCAAUUCAACAUCUGGCAAUCUUCAUCUUAAAGCCGGAUUAAACUAUGAGGAAAUGCAAACUUACACACUAACUAUUCAGGCCAAGGAUGGUGGAGGGCUUUCUGCAAAAUGCACCGUGGUGGUCCACGUAACAGACAUCAAUGAUAACGCACCAGAACUACUCAUGUCAUCACUUACAAGCUCCAUUGCAGAAAACUCAGCCGAGACUAUUGUGGCUGUUUUUAGGAUUAGAGACAAAGAUUCAGGUAACAAUGCAAAGAUGGUGUGCUCCAUCCAAGAGGAUCUCCCCUUCGCCCUGAAGCCAUCAGUAGAAAAUUUCUACACCCUGGUAACAGAGAGACCGCUGGACAGGGAGAGCAGAGCAGAAUACAACAUCACCAUCACUGUCACUGACUUGGGGACCCCAAGACUGAAAACUGAGCACAACAUCACCCUGCUGGUGUCCGACGUCAACGACAACGCCCCCGCCUUCACCCAAACCGCCUACACCCUGUUCCUCCGCGAGAACAACAGCCCCGCCCUGCACAUCGGCAGCGUCAGCGCCACAGACAGGGACGCGGGCGCCAACGCCCAGCUCACCUACUCGCUGCUGCCGCCCCACGACCCGCGGCUGCCCCUGGCCUCGCUCGUGUCCAUCAACGCGGACAACGGCCACCUGUUCGCCCUGAGGGCGCUGGACUUCGAGGCGCUGCAGGCGUUCGAGUUCCGCGUGGGCGCCACGGACCGCGGGUCGCCCGCGCUGAGCAGCCAGGCGCUGGUGCGCGUGCAGGUGCUGGACGCCAACGACAACGCGCCCUUCGUGCUGUACCCGCUGCAGAACGGCUCUGCGCCCUGCACCGAGCUGGUGCCCAGGGCGGCCGAGCCGGGCUACCUGGUGAGCAAGGUGGUGGCGGUGGACGCAGACUCGGGCCAGAACGCCUGGCUGUCGUUCCAGCUGCUCAAGGCCACGGAGCCCGGGCUGUUCGGCGUGUGGGCGCACAAUGGCGAGGUGCGCACGGCGCGGCUGCUGAGCGAGCGCGACGCGGCCAAGCACAGGCUGCUGGUGCUGGUCAAGGACAAUGGCGAGCCCGCGCUGUCGGCCAGCGUCACGCUGCACGUGCUGCUGGUGGAUGGCUUCUCGCAGCCCUACCUGCCGCUGCCCGAAGCGGCGGCCGACCAGGCGCAGGCCGACCCGCUGACGGUCUACCUGGUCAUCGCGUUGGCGUCGGUGUCGUCGCUGUUCCUGUUCUCGGUGCUGGCGUUCAUCGCGGUGCGGCUGUGCAGGCGCAGCAGGGCCGCCUGGGUGGGUGGCUGUUCGGUGCCUGAGGGCCCCUUUCCGGGCCACCUGGUGGACGUCAGCGGUACUGGGACCCUGUCCCAGAGCUACCAGUAUGAGGUGUGUCUGAGGGGUGGCUCAGGGACCUCUAGCGAGUUUAAGUUCCUGAAGCCGAUUAUUUCUAAUCUGCAGUCCCAGGGCACCGGGAGGGAAGUGGAAGAAUAUCCUGCAUUUCGGGAUGAUUUGGGUUUCUGAUAAAAAAUGGGAAAUAAAUGCGAGUGUUGUGUCUGUGAAUACUUUCCUAUAAUUUACCAUGUGUUACCUGUGGAAGAUUGCUUGCACAUUAUUUCAAGCAUUUUUAAAGCCACAGAAUUAGUUUGGUUACACAGGAAAGGACCUAGCUUUAGCCCUAAGAACCCUCCACAAAGCAUGGAAUUCAUGUGUCUAUUUGAUCUCUAUAACAGUUAUGCAUUCUGUGUAGUCUAUUAAGUAAUGAUAAAUGUUUGGAUGUUGUAAAUUAAUUUUCAUUUUCUUCAGACUCUAUUGCUUUUUUAUUUUCUGAGUUGAUUUCAGUGCUGUAGAUAUAUACUUGCUUUAAGUUUUAGAAGCACAGAUUACACAGUAUCUUUUGAAGUUUUUAAGAAAGUACUUAGUAUACAUCACACACGAUUUCAACAUUUUUAAUCUUAGAAGCAAACCUAUGAGGAGAGGUAUUUUUGAAAUGGGCAAGUAGAUAUUCAUAGAGGGUCAAUAAAUUCAGUAAGAACACCAAUUAAUACAUGGCAGAAUUGAGUAUCUUUCCUAAAUCUUUCUGCCACUGGGAUCUUGCUAUGAUGCUGUACUCUUUUCUGGCAUUAGAUAUCACAUUGAAAGUUUCUCCAUAAUUAAGGAGAAGAAAUACUUUUCUCUUAUUCACAUUCCUGUUCGGUCUUUUCUAUAAUUAGAAGUAAUAGUGUAUAUAUUGGCUUGUGGUUUUAUUUUCUUAAAAACUAAUAAUCCAGCUUUACUGAAUUAAUUAUUUAAUUACUAGAGGCCUGGUUCAUGAAAUUCGUGCACUGGGGGUGGGGGGUGGGGUUUGUGUCCCUCAGCCUAGCCUGCACCCUCUCCAAUCUGGGACAUCCCUCUCACAAUCUGGAGCUGCUGGCUCCCAACCGCUUGCCUGCCUGCCUGCCUGAUUGUCCCUAACACUCUGCCUGCCAGCCUGAUCAGCCCCUAACCACUCCCCUGCCAGCUUGAUCAAUGCCUAACUGCUCCCCUGCUGGCCCGAUUGCCCCCAACUGCCUCCCCUGCCGGCCUGGUCACCCCCAACUGUGCUCCCCUGCCAGCCCAGUUGCCCCCAACUACCCUCCCCUACCAUCCUUGUUGCCCCUAACUACCCUCCCCUGUAGGUCUGGUUCCCCCCAACUGCCCUCCCCUGCUGGCCUGGUCGCCCACAACUCCCCUCCCCUGCCAGCCAUCUUGUGGCUGUGGGCACCGCCAUCUCUGAGGGUGGGGCAGUCAAUUAGCAUAUUCCCUCCAUAUUGGCUGUGGGCACCACCAUCUUUGAGGGCAGGACAGUCAAUUAGCCUAUUCCCUCCUUAUUGGCUGUGGGUGCCGUCACCUUUGCGAUGGUGUGAGGAUCAAUUAGCAUAUUCCCUAUUUAUUAGAUAGUAUUAUUAUUAAAGCAUUGAUCUAACCAAAUCUCAAGUAAAAAAAAUGGAAAGGUCACUUUUUGCUUUUUUCUUGUUAUCCCAAUAUAUGACCUUCAUUUCACAGAAAAGAUUAACUCUGAAUAGAAAUAUUACAUAAUUUUGAUUUCUUCAGUAGUUUAUUAAUUUUGUCACAUUGUAGUGAUAUUUCUGUGGUGGUCCUUACCUACCUUUUAAAACACAUUUCCUCCUUUAAUUUGAAAGUUUGUUUUGUUAACCCUCUUAUUCAAUAUACUACAGUGCUGAAUCAGCAAAGUAUAAGAAAAAGAAUCAUUUAAAAUAUGUAAUAAUAAAAAGAAACAACUUACAAUUAAAUUAUUUAGAGAUGCUUGGGAGUUAAGGAGAAGCUUUGUUUGUUAUAAUAAUCUGUAACUGCUCUUUCUUAAACCUUGUCCAGAUAAUUUUUCCAUGGCUGUAUUCUGAAUAUAUUAUAAAUCAGUGCUGGUAACUCUUAAAAUAGUACUCUUACUAUGUAUUACUAAUGGGAUAUAGUCUAAGGACAAAAAAUUCUCACAGCAUUCAAAUUCUAAAUUGUUUUCAUAGUGUCAGGAUGAAAUUAUCCAGUUUUCUUACUUCUAACAAAUUAAUGACAUGGAAAAGGGGAGGAGGGAAUUUUCAACAAUAAAAUAAAGGUAAUAUGUGGUUAAUCUUGUUUGGCUCUUGAUUCAAGGAAAUGUGUAAGAAUUGUAGAGAAUGUGAAUACAGAUGCAUAUUAAAUAAUAUUAAUCUAAUUUCUUAGGCAUGAUAUAGCAUUGUAGUUGUUUUUUUAGGCCAUUAAACAUUAGAGGUAUAUGAUGAAGUAUUUAUGGGUGAUAAUUUAGUUUGGGAUGUGAAAAUGUUAGGGAGAUAAACAAUUAUGACAAAAUAUUUAUAAUUGUUGAAGCUAGUUAUGAGUAUGUGGAGGUCCAUCAUACUAUUCUCCUUCUUUGUGGUUUUGAAGUUUUUCAAAACAAAGGUUUGUUUUUUUUUAUUGGCACUGUAAGAAGAAAAGUGGAGUUAACAAAAAUAGGACAUUCUUCUGAAUACAGAAUUACCACUGCUCUCAAAAAUCAUACCUCUAUUAGAUAAACUCUCCAGCCUUUCAUUGUGUCAUCAUUUAACAUAAUAACUUCUAUCUGAGCUCAUUCUGCUCAAGCAUUCUUCUACCACUUGAAU